AUGGCUGACUCCAAGUUGAGCGUUGCGAUGGCUGAGGAAACCAAGCCUGACGCGAAGACCGUGCAGGUGCUCCAGGACAUGGCCAAUCGCCUGCGCAUCCAGUCUAUCAGGGCCACGUGCGCCUCGAGCUCCGGCCACCCCACAUCGUGCAGCAGUGCUGCUGAGAUCAUGGCCGUGCUGUUCUUCCACACCAUGAGGUAUAAACAGGCGGACCCGGACGACCCGGACAAUGACCGAUUCGUCCUCUCCAAGAGACUGUCGUUUGUUGAUGUGGCAACCGGAUGGCUCGGGCAAGGACUGGGGGCCGCGUGCGGGAUGGCAUAUACUGGCAAGUACUUUGAUAAGGCCAGCUACCGGGUGUUCUGCCUCUUGGGAGAUGGCGAGUUCUCGGAAGGCUCCGUCUGGGAGGCGUUGGCCUUCGCUUCCCACUACAGUCUGGACAAUCUUGUGGCCGUCUUCGACGUGAACCGCCUGGGCCACAGUGGCACCUUGCCCCUUGAGCACUGCAUAGACGUCUAUCAGAAGCGCUGCGAAGCCUUUGGGUGGAAUACUUAUGUGGUAGAUGGCCGUGAUGUGGAGGCGCUGUGCCAAGUGUUCUGGCAGGCAGCUCAGGUGAAGAACAAGCCCACUGCUGUGGUUGCCAAGACCUUCAAGGGCCGGGGUAUUCCAAACGUUGAGGAUGCAGAAAAUUGGCAUGGAAAGCCAAUGCCAAAAGAAAGAGCAGAUGCAAUUAUCAAACUAAUUGAGAGCCAGAUUGAGACCAACCAGAAUCUCGAACCAAAACCGCCUAUUGAAGACUCGCCUCAAAUCACCAUCACGGAUAUAGAAAUGACCUCUCCACCUGCUUACAAAGAUGGUGACAAGAUAGCUACUCGGAAAGCAUGUGGUUUGGCUCUGGCUAAGCUGGGCCAUGCAAAUAAUAGAGUCAUUGUGCUGGAUGGUGACACCAAGAACUCCACCUUCUCUGAGAUAUUCAAGAAGGAGCACCCCGAGCGGUUCAUCGAGUGUUUCAUUGCUGAGCAAAACAUGGUGAGCGUGGCACUGGGAUGCGCCAUUCGUGAUCGGACCAUUGCUUUUGUUAGCACCUUCGCUGCCUUUUUGACCCGAGCAUUUGAUCAGAUCCGAGUGGGAGCCAUCUCUCAAAGCAACAUUAACCUUAUUGGGUCCCACUGCGGGGUAUCCGUAGGUGAAGAUGGCCCCUCCCAGAUGGCCCUGGAGGAUCUGGCCAUGUUCCGAGCUGUUCCCAACUGCACUAUUUUCUAUCCAAGUGACGCCAUCUCAACGGAGCAUGCUGUUUUCCUGGCGGCCAAUACCAAGGGGAUGUGCUACAUUCGGACCAGCCGCCCGGAGACCUCAGUCAUUUAUACUGCGCAAGAAAGCUUUGAGAUUGGACAGGCCAAGGUCGUCCGCCACAGUGUCAACGACAAGGUCACUGUUAUUGGAGCUGGAGUUACUCUUCAUGAAGCCUUAGCAGCUGCUGACGAUCUUUCCAAGCAAGAUAUUUCUGUCCGCGUCAUCGACCUGUUUACCAUUAAACCCCUGGAUGCUGCCACCAUCAUCUCCAAUGCGAAAGCCACAGGUGGCCGGAUUAUCACAGUGGAGGAUCACUACCCAGAAGGUGGCAUCGGGGAGGCUGUCUGUGCUGCUGUCUCCAUGGAACCUGACAUCUUAGUCCAUCAGCUGGCAGCGCCAGGAGUGCCUCAGAGUGGGAAGCCAAGUGAGCUGCUGGAUAUGUUUGGAGUCAGUGCCAGACAUAUCAUAGUGGCUGUGAAAUGUAUGUUAAUGAACUAA